GAGGCAUAGAGAAAGAAAUGAUGGAGGUAUGAGCCGUAUGAGCAAACUACGUAUGGUAGCGAAUGGUGACGCUACCAUGAUAGUGGUAAUUUAUAUGACCGGUGAACGCGCGGAAGAUAGUGUGGUGUGACAUUGAGUCAAACCUGCCGCGACGGCUUCCUUGACUUUCGAUCGUCGGUGUUUUUAGCUAUCAUGUCGCUCGUUGCGGAAGUCCUACAGCCUAAGGAGCCCUUAGAAAAAGGUAACCUUAAGGCUGCAGUGUCCCGACUGUCUCGCAAGAUCGACGACUUGAAGACAGACAUGCAGAAAGAGCUGGUUUCCAAGUAUGACAUGUUCUUACCGUACUACCGAGACGCCGAGCAUUUGAUGCGAUGCCUAAAGGCAGCUGUCGAAGAUGUGGAAGAGGUAUUUAAAAAUAUCGAGGACCACGUCAAGCCGCGGCUAGUGCAGUCCACGACCGAGUUCGAGGUGCUGUCUCGCGAAUUGGCUACCAUCGAGCAGCAGUCGUCGCAGAUACGUCGCUAUGCGCGCCUUCACGAACUGCUGGAAGAGGCGGAGGCGCAGUUCGUGUCGGAAGAUCUCCUGGCCUGUUCACAGCUUUUGGAGGAAGUCGGUAGCGUCGUGAGCGAGCUCGAAGGCGACCGCCCUGAGAUGCAGCUCGUCGACGCGCUGCACACGGAACACGUUAUUCGUUGUGAACGGCUCAUCUACAAGCUGUCAGAGGUUUGGAAGCGUUACAUAAUCUGGAAAGUGGGCCGGACGCCUCAUGUGACUGAGCUUACGGUUGCCACAGUUGAGAAGGAAGAGGCGGAAGCUUUCGCCAGGCUUGUGGAAGCUGUUCAGAGGCAAGGACAGCUCCGCGAGAAAAUGUCCCGAUUCGGCCGCUCGCUACUGGCUGACAUCGUCACACCGAUGGUCAAGUACGAGUCCGUCAUCGUCACGUCGCUGGAUUCCUCGACGUUUCGCGUCGAGUUUAACGAGUCGAAAGCGCCGCACGUGAAGGACGUACUCGCGAAUUUGUCAACGCUCUUUACUUUCCUCACAAACCGUUUGCGAGCGCACGACGUUAUCGGCGUAGACUUGAUUAAGGUUAUGGGCAGCGUGAUCGGUACCGAGUUUUCCGACACGGUUGCCACGUGCUGCCUCGAACCUGCCGUACCCAGCGACGGCAGCCGUCUGGACAGCUAUCCGGCCAGUGCCCUGCUUGAUUUCCACAACCAGUUAGUUGUAACGAACUUCCUUUCGUCUGAGAAGACUGGAUUUUCCAACCUUGUCUCUAACCUUGAGGCCCUGUGCAUUAGCAAGCAGAGCCAGAUCAUCCUUCUGCAAGCAAGAGCUAUUAUGAAACGGGAGCUGCACGACACCGUCAUGGUUGGAGAGCCACCAUUAAGCAGGAAGCAGAUGUCAUCACUAGAACACUGUUUAUAUGGGAGUCCAUUCAAAUUCCCGAGGUGCCAAGUGAGCAAAUUCGUGGAAGAGCUGGUCGCCUUGCUGAAGACAAUGGUAGAUGGAGCCAAAGACAGUUCUGAUGGUAGCUCCACUGAGCAAGCCUGGCAGGUGGGUACUGUACGCCACAUUUGUGAACUUUACUGCUGCGUCGCUCCUGUACACCACCAGCACGCCAUCGAGACCAUCCCAGUGCAGACAGCAAUACAUCACAACAACUGCCUCUACUUGGCCCAUGAACUACUCUGCUUAGGUGUGCGGUUUCAUGGACGUACUACACUUGUGGAUGUGGCAUCGAGGAUCCGUUGGAUUGGAAGGGUUGCCCUUUGCCAGCAGGUUGACAGUCAACGAAAGCACCUCUUGGAUUUUUUGAAUGAAGUGUCAAUAUCAGAAAAUAACCAGGGCCUCGACGCAGCUCUGCGGCGUUGCUUGUUCCACAUAGAGCAGCUCAAGAGAGUCUGGCUAGAUGUCUUGCCAAUGACAAGCUACUUAGAAACUGUGGGCAGCCUCCUCAACUCAGUGCUUGAGCAUGUUGUCAAAAGUGUGGUUGGCAUGGAAGACAUUGCAUCCACACUUUCAGAAGAACUAGCUCAUGUGUUUGAGAAGGUUGUUGACCAAGCUGUUAACAUAUUUGACAUUCCUGCCUGCUCAUCGGAUGGAAGAAUUCUUGCCUCUGACUAUGUGGCCUCGUGGAGGAAAUUCUGCGAGCUUAAAAACCUCCUUCGCUUUAAUUUGAGAGAAGUCAUGGACCGAUGGGCUGAUGGUAGGGGCCCCCUGGCGGCAUGCUUUAUGCCUGAUGAAUUGAAGCGGCUGAUCAGGGCACUUUUCCAAAACACGGACAGACGAGCUGCUGCACUGGCACAGAUUCGGUAAAGCAGCAUUUAUGUGGAAUCUCAGCCUGUCCCACCUAAUUAACAACUUCAUCCUUUCUUAGUAUGUUUACAAAUGCUUUUCUUUAAGUGUCAUAUUGUACCUGCCUGUGGAAAGCAUUGAGAGGACAUGAUACGUGCAUCAAAUUCGGCAUGUCAAUCAUUAUUUGCAUAAAUUUUCUUAUGGCGCUGAACAA